UGAAAUUGACAAAUUGUAAAUGUCAUUGACUUCUUUUGUCAAAACAAGAGUCCAAAAAUCGGUUUUAUUUUAGCCGCACGAGGUAUUUCCGAUUUUCAAAAUUGUUCAAAUAAAGGAAGCUAAUAUGCCAGAACUUACUGAAUUGGACAAGGCUACUGCCUCAAUGACUGAAAAGAGGAAGGAAGAAACGGCAUCCUCAGACAGUGAUUCUGAUGAUACUAUUCCAGAACUGGAAGAUGCAGGCACAGCUGGUACCGGUGGUAUCACAAACCCAAUUGCUGGUAUUGAUAUUGUAUCAAAGGCAAAGCAAUCACGGGGUGAAAAGAAAGCCCGUAAAAUCAUGAGCAAACUUGGACUUAAACCUGUCCAAGGUGUGAACAGAGUAACAAUCCGCAAAUCAAAAAAUAUUUUGUUCGUAAUCAACUCACCAGAUGUGUACAAAAACCCACACUCGGACACAUACAUUGUGUUCGGUGAAGCCAAGAUUGAGGACUUGUCUCAACAGGCCACCAUGGCCGCGGCCGAGAGAUUUAAGGCUCCAGAGAGUGCAGCGACUGGAAAUGACACAGCUACUGCUGGAACGACGGUAGCACCAAUUGCUGAGGAAGAAGAUGAAGAGGGAGUAGAUGAGACCGGAGUAGACGAGAAGGAUGUUGAGAUAGUGAUGUCCCAGGCCAAUGUCUCCCGAGCGAGAGCCGUUAGAGCCCUUAAGAAUAACCAGUCCGACAUAGUAAACGCUAUAAUGGAACUCACACUGUAACCUGUCAGGCUCUCGUCACAAGCUUUAUUUUAUGUUCCUAGACUUAAGAUGAUUAACGAUUGUUUGGUGUCAUGCUAGUGUAUUAAUAAACUGGUAACAACUCUUUAUUUUACAAUUCUAAUCCACAUCUACAGCACAUUUUAUGUAAUCGAAAUUCGGAAAUGUAUAUAUGAUAUACAUAGCUAUAAUGCCAAAAUUUAAUAAAAUAUGUGAAUAUUC